AUGGAAAUCAUCAUCGUUGGAGCCGGCAUAGCCGGCCUCUCCCUCGCCCUUGCGCUAGCUCGGUCUGGCCACCGCGUCCUCGUGCUCGAGGCCGCGCCGGCGCUCGCCGAGAUGGGCGCCGGCGUGCAGAUGACGCCGCUCGCCAUGCGGUACCUGUUCCGCUGGGGCAUGCGUGACGACGUGCUCGACGCCUCCAUCGUGCCCGCCGAGAUGCUCGUCCGCGAUGGCGCCUCGGGUGACGUGCUCGCCGCGAUCCCGACCGGUACCAUGGAGGAACGGUACGGCGGCGCGCCGUACAUCGUCGUCCAUCGCGCGGUCCUGCAUGACCUGCUGCACCGCCACGCCAUCCGGGCCGGCGCGGAGCUACGCGUCGAUAGCAGGGUCGUCGCCUACGACUUUGCGGCCGGAGCGGUGGAGCUGCAUGACGGGACCCGGCUGGUCGCCGACCUGGUGCUCGGUGCCGACGGCAUCAAUUCGUUUGCGAGACGCCAACUCCUUGGCGACGCCAACGCCGACACCCGGCCCACGGGGCUGGCCGCCGUCCGCACUAUGGCGGAGGUGGCGCAGAUGAAGGCCGAUCCGCUGCUCGCCGACUUGGCCGACCUGGAGACGUACAGAUCGCACCUGUGGAUCGCGCCGGGGCGCUCCGUCAUGGCCUAUCUCAUAAAGGAGGCCACGCUGUUCAACGUCGUGCUCUCGCACCCCGACGACAUCGACAUGUCCAAGUUUACCCCCGACGAGUACCGGGCCUUUGCCCAGGACCUCGUCAAGGGCUUUGAGCCAAGGGUACGGCGGCUGAUCGACACCCUGCUGCCCAAGAUGCAAAACUUCCCCGUACACGCCGUGCCGCCGCUCUCGCGCUGGGCCCACGCCUCCGGCCGCUUCGCGCUCGUCGGCGACGCCGCGCACGCUAUGGCCUUCUACCUGUCCAUGGGCGUCAGCAUGGCCGUCGAGGAUGCCGCGUCCCUCAUCGCCGUCCUUGACCUCGCCUGUCCCGCCGCCGUCAAAGGAGCGGCCGUCGAUCACGGCAAGCUCAAGACGGCGCUCAAGGCGUUUGAGGAAGCGCGUAAAGAGCGCGUGCGCAUUGUGCAGGACGCGAGCCUGCACGGAGGCCGCAUGCUGCACGUCGAGGACGCCACGAAGAGGGAAAAGGUGUACGCGGCGAUGAGGGCGGACGGGUUGAAGGACGCCGACGGUGUGUCGGAGGCGACGCUGGCUACGGAGAGCUUGACGUAUGGGCUGGCGGAUCAGCGGGUGAGGGACUGGUGCUUCGCGUACGACCCGGUCAAGGUUGUUAAGGUGUGUUAUGAAGCGAUAGCGUAG